UUUAUUUUACUCUAACAGUUGUGUUCAAACGUAUAAUCAAUAUACAAUAUAAAGACAAUGACGUUAAAUUCUUCUAUAAAAAGGAAGUCAACUGCCCAGUCACUUGUUUCCACGGAAACUGAACUCGUCCACGGAUGAACUCAGCCAAUCACGGCAUGGGGAGCACACAGCCGAGUUUGCAUACAGUCUGUAUAAGAAUAGCAGCUCUAGUUCCACACAGCACAUUCAAUUGUUACCAUACUGCGUCAACAAUGCCUGAACCAGCCAAGGCUGCGCCCAAGAAGGGCUCCAAGAAAGCCGUGACCAAGACCGCCGCUAAAGGCGGCAAGAAGAAGAGGAAGACCCGCAAGGAGAGCUACGCCAUCUACGUGUACAAGGUGCUGAAGCAGGUUCACCCCGACACCGGCAUCUCCUCCAAGGCCAUGAGCAUCAUGAACUCGUUCGUCAGCGACAUCUUCGAGCGCAUCGCCGGCGAAGCCUCCCGCCUGGCGCACUACAACAAGCGCUCCACCAUCACCUCCAGGGAGAUCCAGACCGCCGUCAGGCUGCUGCUGCCCGGGGAGCUGGCCAAGCACGCGGUGUCCGAGGGCACCAAGGCGGUGACCAAGUACACCAGCUCCAAGUAGACGCUGCUACGAGCACCUGACUCAACGGCUCUUUUAAGAGCCACACACUGAACUGAAGAACAAUAGACCUGUUGUCAGGUUUUUUUUACGUGUUGUCAUGGUUACAUUAUUAGUAAUUGUGAGCUGAGGCAUAUAACCACUUCAGCCAAAUACGGUUCAAUCUCUGGAAAGCUUCAUGUGCACAGGAAGCCACCUAGUGGCGAAGUGUGUAAUCACAGGCAGCUGUAUCUGAACCACAUCAUGCGUGAUGCAUUGAAUUGAAUUGUGCCUGUUAUGUCUCUUGAAAAGGACUAUGAAUCACAAAGUGUUUAACCAAAUACAUAUUAUUAUACAUAAAUCACAAGUCCAUGAACAUA